UAUUUAAAAAUAUAUACGCAUGCAAAAUUAGCUUAAUCUAAAGUUAACCAAGGCCACAUUGAGUACUCCAAGACUAGCUAAUAUUCGCAGUUAGUGAGACAACGUAAGAUAAGAUAAAUCGCCAUGACGAGCUUUGGUUGCUGCCCGCUGUCAAUGCAGCUGUUUGCUUUCGGAGUGAUAGCCCUAUUCCUAGUUUACAAGUGGGUAACAGGCACUUUCGAUUUCUUCGCAAAAAGGAAUAUCUCUUUCGAGAGGCCUAUCCCCCUUUUCGGCAAUUUGGGCGGAAUUGUUUUCGGGAAACAAACUGUGCUAGAUGUUGCAAGGAGACUCUAUACGAAAUACAAAAGUCAAAAAUACUAUGGAACAUUUAACCUUCGGACUCCAAUUUUAACAAUAGCUGACCUCGGCCUAAUCAAACAAAUCGGGGUUAAAGACUUUGCUAGCUUUCCUAAUCACAGAUCGUUCAUUGAACCAGAGGAUCAUGUCCUGCUCGCAACUUCAUUGUUUUUCCUGAAAGAUCAAAGAUGGAAAGAUAUGCGUACAACCCUCAGUCCGGCAUUCACCGGGAACAAACUACGACAAAUGCUCCCAUUAAUAUCGAAAUGUUGUCUAAAUGGUUCGGACUAUUUAUGGGAGAAAACCUCCAGGGACGACGGAAUGGAACUAGAUAUUAACGAUUUUUUCAUCAGAUAUACUGUGGAUGUAAUGGCAUCCACAGCAUUCGGUGUUGAGAUUAACUCUUUGAAGAAUGUAGAUAACGAUUUCUACAGGAUUGCUCGACAGAUUAUGCCAGUUUCUCUUUGGGCUACGAUAAGAAUCUUUUUGUGUUUAAGCUGCCGAAAGCUUAUGAGGUUCCUUAAAGUUUCAAUAAUCGACGAGAGCUUCUUGAACUAUUUCAAGAAGUUGGUCCUUAAUACAAUCAGCAUUCGUUCACAAGAAGGGAUUGUGCGUCAUGAUAUGAUCAACUUGCUAAUGCAAGCACAGGAAGAAUAUACGGAGCCAAAAAUAUCCGGGUUUGAUUCUAAUCUUGAACACCCAGCGGUUGACGAAUCCAAAUCCGAUCUAAACCCAGUUAAUAGUAAAUGGUCCGAUGACGAGAUUGUCGCUCAGUGCUUCAUGUUUUUGGCAGGCGGGUUUGGACCCACAUCAUCGACCAUGAGCUUCUGCGCUCAUGAAAUUAUGGCUCAUCCUGACGUUCAGCAGAAACUACUCGCCGAAAUCGACAAAACUCGUGAAAGCCUUAAUGGUAACCCAAUAACAUAUGGAGAUUUGGAAAAGAUGAAAUAUUUGGAUAUGGUAAUAUCAGAGACAUUACGAAAAUGGCCUACCAAUGUCACCACAGAACGGGUCUGUAGUCGAAAUUACCAAAUUGAAAAUGUGGACACCGGUGACAGGGUUGAUCUGGAACCAGGACAAAAUGUUGAGAUUCCAAUCGCUGGAUUGCAUUAUGAUCCUGAAUAUUGGACUGAUCCUGAAAACUUUGACCCGGAACGAUUUAAUGAUGAAAACAAAAAAGAUAUAAAACCUUUUACGUACCUACCUUUUGGAGUUGGUCCCAGGAAUUGUAUAGGGUCUCGUUUUGCACUAAUAAUGAUGAAGGCAUCCCUAUACCACCUUCUGUCGGAAUUCACAUUGCAGGAAUCAUCGAAAACACAAAUUCCAUUAACUCUGGUGCCCCUAGGAAUUCAAUACACAUCAAAAGGAGGUUUUUGGAUGAAAAUAAAGCCGCGGAAUAUUUGAGAAAAAGUGGAAAUAUGACAUCAAUAAA